UAUGUCAUAUAAUACCUCUUUAUCAAUCAUAAACCAGAACAGCUUCGAAAGUUGGGACUUUGCAAGCCGCAUCGACGUUCAAAAAAUUCCAAAUUGAGUUUCAUCCUCGACAUCCCGAAUCUUUUCAACGCGGAAGACAGACAAGUCUUGUAAUUCAGAGACGUCGACAGCAAUGGCGAUAAUACCAAAACCCUCGUUUUUCUUGCCGCGAGGGAUUGUGGUCGGUGGACUGUACUCUGGUCGAUAUUAUGCCAGCGGUAGCGGCGGGGUACUGCUACACACCGCGCGAGCGUUCUCGCAGUCCUGCGCGGUCAGAUCAGACAAGAAGCCUUCUUCGACAUCGAGAAAACCGCCGCAUCUGAGAGGCGGCAGCAAUGUCGGGAACAUGAAGCUUGGGUCUGAGUUUGCAAAGAAGAAAGCCGAGGCACCGGCUGUGAAUGCGGAGCAAGGCGUGCCGUUGCAUGUGCCGGGGUUGACGGACGAGAAGGGGUUUGGGAUUAUCAAGACCAAGAAGGAUUUAGAGAAGUUGUUGAAGAGCGUUGAAGGGAAGGAGGUGGUGAUCAACGACCCGGAUAAUGUUUUAGGGCUGCCGAAGCAUCUGCUGGAGAAAGUUGCUGCGCCGACUGCAGAGGAAACAAAGGAGCCGGCGCGCGCGCCCGGAGCAGCAGGCGGAGGCGGUGAUAUUAUCGUCGAUACCACGGUCGAAGAGAAAGACCAGAAGAAGGCGCAUAUGGGCUACCUACCAGCAGUUGUUUUUAUCUCGCUGAUGGCGGUCGUGCAGGCGGUCUCGAUCUACCAGCCCGAGAUCUGGAAGUCCGCGUGCACGGUGAGCCUGCCGUCCGCGCCGACGGGCACGCCAAUCACGAUCGACUUGCGCGUGCUGCUGACGAGCGCGUUCUCGGCGCCGUCGUUCUCGGACUGGGUGAUCAACUCCUACGUCGGUUUUUUCUCGAUCCGCGCGCUGUCGAUGAUCUUUGGGAACCUGACCGGGUUCGGGUUUAUUGCCGUCUACCUCACCUACGCGAACCGCGCGCUGCUGUACGAGGCGUCGCGCACGCAUCCAAAGUACGUCGAGGAGACCGACGACGAGGGAAAUCCGGUCGAGCGCAUCCGGCAGGUUACGCAGGCGGUCGAGGGCGUGACGUCGAAUACUACGCUUGUGUUUAGUUUGGCGGCGUUCGCGGGGUGCAUGAUGCCCCACGUUAUGCUACCGGUUCUGCCGAGCAUCGGGCCGCUCCCGCUGCUUUCGCUUUCGAUCAUGGGAGUUUUUGCGGAUUUGUACAAUAUCGGAGUCACCCCUCGUCUGCCGGACAUUUUACCAGCGUCGGCGACGUAUUCGAGUAAACCAACUACAGACCCCAAGCCUGUGGCCACUAGCGCAGGCGGCGACGAGGAGGGCGCCGAGGCCACGGGCAAGAACGAGCAAGAGCAAGAUAGGGCCGCCGGCGAAGAUGAGACGGCGGCGGCGGGCGGGUUCAUGACGAAGGUUAGACAGUCCAACACGGAGCACAUCUACGGUCUGAUUGGCGGCGCGGUGCUGUGGUUUUGCGCGGCGCGGUGGACGUCGGUUGGGGCGCGUCUGAGGGGCAACCGGAGGCUGCAGCUUGCGAUGACGGAGAUGUUUAAGCCGGAGAAGUCGCUUUGGGAGUACAUCACGCUCAAGUAGUGAACUGAAACGCGGAUCGUGAUGCUGUUUCGGGAGUGUGUAGAUACGUGUAAAUAGAAUAGAAGGGUUUCCAGAGUUUU